AUGGGUCUCUUGCAACUGCACGUUGAUGGGAAGGUGUUUCGCGAUCCCCAAAACCGAGAGAUCGUCUUGAGGGGCAUCAAUGUUGCAGGAGAUGCCAAGUAUCCGAAAAGUCCGGAUAUGCCUUCGUACGUCUCGGAAGGAUUCUUUGAGGCAGAUGACGUUUCCUUCGUGGGUCGCCCGUUCUCGUUGGAUGAGGCACACACCCAUUUCAAGCGACUACGUAGAUGGGGUUACAACGCCAUACGAUACAUCUUCACAUGGGAGGCGAUCGAGCACGCUGGACCGGGUAUUUAUGAUGAAGAAUGGAUCUCAUUCACGAUUGAGGUCCUCAGAGUUGCGAAGCAGUAUGAAUUUUAUAUCUUUAUGGAUCCCCACCAGGAUGUUUGGUCGCGUUUGUCUGGGGGGUCAGGCGCACCUAUGUGGACACUCUAUGCGGCAGGACUGAACCCUAGAGCAUUCAAAGCCACUGAGGCUGCGCUGGUUCACAAUACUUAUGACGAUCCUGCUGAAUUUCCGAAGAUGAUUUGGAGUACGAAUUACACGCGCCUGGUGUGCCAGACUAUGUUCACACUCUUUUGGGCAGGUCGUGACUUUGCGCCUAAAGCGGUCAUUGAUGGAAUGAAUAUCCAAGAUUAUCUCCAAUCUCAUUUCAUUGCAGCGUGCAAGCAUCUAGCGUUUCGUAUCCAUGAAGCUGCAGAUGUUGAGCAUGAGGUAGUCAUUGGUUGGGAGACCAUGAAUGAGCCUCACCGUGGGCUUAUUGGAUUCCAGGAUAUCUCUGUGAUUCCUCCCGACCAGCAGCUUCAGCUUGGAACCUCGCCUACCGCCUUUCAAGCCAUGUUGACCGGUUCUGGCCGGGCGUGUGAGCAGACGACCUGGGCGUUCGGUAGCUUUGGUCCCUACAAGACAGGCAGAAAACUCGUCGAUCCAGAGGGGCAAUCGGCCUGGCUGCCCAAGAACCAUGACGAUAGCAAGUAUGGUUGGAGGCGCGACCCUGACUGGAAAUUAGGGGAAUGUAUAUGGGCCCAGCAUGGUGUCUGGGAUCCAAGCACGGAGACUCUGCUCCAGAAAGAUUAUUUCUCGAAGGUACCAAGCACUGGAAAGCCACUGACCUAUGAAAUAUUCACCAAUUCCUACUUCAUGGAUCAUUAUCGAGCUUAUCGGGAUGCUAUUCGAGACGUAUGGCCCGCAGCUAUUCUACUGUGCCAGCCACCUGUUAUGGAAGUGCCCCCUGACUUGAAGGGGACCAAAGAUGAUGAUCCCAACAUGGUCCAUGCUGUCCACUAUUAUGAUGGCCUCACGCUCUUGACAAAGCAUUGGAAUCGGCUUUACAAUGUGGAUGUCAUUGGUGUUCUGCGAGGCAAGUACUGGGCCCCGGCAUUCGCCGUGAAGGUGGGAGAAACGGCAAUUCGCAACUGCCUUCGUGAUCAAUUGAAAUUUCUUCGGGAGGAAAGCUUGAAAUACAUGGGCAAUCAUCCCUUACUCUUCACCGAGAUUGGUAUCCCCUAUGACAUGGACAACAAGAAGGCCUAUGACGACGGAGACUACAGCAGCCAAACAAGUGCAAUGGAUGCAAAUCAUUUCGCGCUCGAAGGCAGCACCGCCAAUGGCUUUACGCUCUGGUUAUAUCAAACAGAGAACAACCACAAGUGGGGUGACUUAUGGAAUGGAGAAGAUUUGUCGAUUUACUCUCGCGACGACAUGGAACUUCCAAAUAAGGCCACUUAUACCUCACUGAACCCCCAAUCACCGGCUUACUCCGAGAGUCACAGUAGCGUCGAUGAGCCAGAAGUUGAUCCCCGGAACCUCAAGCGCGCCCUCACAAGCCCGUCGAUCUCAAGUGUCAGCUCACAGACCCCCAAGGGAUACCGGGCUGCAGAGGCAUACAUCCGUCCCAGUCCGAUUUACGUGAGCGGUUCUUUGCAAAGUCACGUCUUUGACCUUCGUAAUUGCACCUUUACGAUGACUUUAACCGCAGAAGCUGCCACGACAAGUGAAGCACCAACAGAGAUCUACCUGCCCGAGUUCCACUUCCCAGAGAGCAAGGUUGUUGUUGCGGUCAGCGGGGGUAGGUGGAAAAUUGAUUAUCAGGAAAUUCAAUCUAUCAAAGUACCUCGAUUGCAAUGGUGGCAUGCAGAGGGCGAUCAAAGCAUCAAGAUUGAAGGUGUCAAGCGCAAGCCUGGGCAGGUAGAUGAUUCGUCGAGUGAGGAUGCAACGUACUUGGAAAGAUGUGAGAAGGGGGAUUGUCGUGUCAUGUAA